AUGCAGGAGAAGUUACUGGAAAUGUUGCAGCCCUUCAGGCAUGGGAUUUCUGGAGGGAUUUUCCAGCUAAGAGCCUUGACAAAGCCUACGUUUAUCAACUCACUCCUUGGACAUCCUGUAUUUCAGAACUUACACGUAAAAGUUGGAGACAAAGCUGAACUUAGCAAGGCUUUUACACAGAAUGAUGUAGUUACUUUUUCUUACUUAACAGGUGACACAAAUCCUUUGCAUUUAAAUGAAGAGUUUGCAAAGAAGUCUAGGUUUGGGAGAACUGUUGUCCAUGGAGUUCUGAUCAAUGGACUUAUUUCGGCAGUUCUGGGUACCAAAAUGCCUGGUCAAGGAUGUAUAUUUCUUUCCCAGGAGAUUAGUUUUCCAGCUCCUUUGUAUGUUGGUGAAGAAGUCACAGCUGCAGCAGAAGUGAAACGACUGAAGGGUUCUGUUGCACACAUUUCUGUAUCAUGUCAGGUCAGAGAAAGAGGGAAAACUGUUAUGGAAGGGAUGGUGAAAGUCAUGGUGCCAGAGAGUUAGAGCUGUUUGUCAUGUGCAACUGCAGUAUAAAGGCCAGAACCAAUGUACACUUGGCUUUGACUCUCUUUUUAUGUGACAUCACUUAAACCAGUAAAUUUGUAACAAAAACCUUUCAAAAUGUCUGGAAGUGCACAAACUCAACCUUACUAGAACUGCAUUAAAAUUAGAGCUUUUCCUUUUUUCA